CUGGUGUGGUAUGGGAGUGAUGGUGGACGUGUGGACUGGUGUGGUAUGGGCGUGAUGGUGGACGUAGGGACUGCGUGGUGUGGUGUGGGCGUGAUGGUAGACAUAAGGACUGCGUGGUGUGGUGUGGGCGUGAUGAUGGACGUAAGGAAUGAUACCUCAGCUCGGGUCAAAGCAGCCACUAAUAUGCAUGAAGGUCCUCUAGUUGUUGAGAGCUUCGAUAACACUCCACGGAACAUGAGACGCCGCAGGUCGCACAGUUACAGUAGGAGUCCCCAUCGCCAUCGUGGACACAGCAGGAGUCCCCAUGGCAGUCGUGGGUACAGCAGGAGUCCCCAAGGCCAUUGUGGGCGCAGCAGGAAUCUCCAUGGCCAUCGUGGUUAUAUCAGGAGUCCCCAACGCCAUCAUGGGCGCAGCAGGAAUCCCCACCACGCCCCCAGACCCAACCCCGACUUCUCCUACAACAUCAGCCAUGGCAGGACCCAUUCAGGACAAAGCACCACCACUGGUUACAUCCAAAACUACUACCCACUCAACACUAAUUACUCGAAUACAGUCGUGAUGGACAGAGCUCUGAUGGCCAUGCUAAGUAGUUUCCAGAGACCAUGCUCAAAUGCCUUAAUCAACGCAAGAACUUAUGGGCCUUCCAUAGAUUCUUCUAGUGAUAGAUUCCAAGGAAAUUACCAGCUAAACCACCAACCCCAGAACAGCAACAUUCAAGAGCACAUGUGGCAGGACCCUAGAACAGCUGAUGUGCACAGUCAUGUCAAGAUGCCCCAGGCGCAGCAGCAGCAGCAAUGUGGCACGAGGCAAUUGGAGGAAGACGUGGAGCUGACUCAAGUUACAAUGAAGCAGCUCCCGUUCCUUCAGAAACUCACAACCCAAACAAAAAUCAAGAUACUUCCCCACGAGACUCAAUGGACCUCUUGCACUUUUAAUGUGGAUGAAGAAUUGCUGAAGCUCUUCAGAGUUAAUUCUGCAACAAAGUCUUAUCAAGUUCUGAUUAGAUUUUGUAAUUUUGAGAAGGAAGUGGAGCAGAAAGAUCACUUUUCCAGAGAUCUUCGGGUCAGAAUAAAUGGAAUCCCAUGUCCCCUGCCAGGGUGGAAUAUAGUCCCCAAGCUGCCAGCUGAACCCAUAGACAUCACAAGCAAGUGUGAUUUUCAGAGAAAUACAAAUACCAUAGAAGUGAAGAGUUGUGCUCUCCUUGUGAUGUUUGUGGAUGUGGUGAAGAGGCUGACCCAGGAAGAGAUGGUGCAGAAGCUUCUUGAGAAACCCAUUGAUCCAGCUGUCACAGUGGCUAGAAUUAAGGAGAAGCUGGAAAGGGACACUGUCAAUGAGGCUGACAUCACCUUGACAUCACUACAGUUUUCAUUGAUGUGUCCUGUCAGUAAGACCAGAAUGAAACUGCCUUGCCGAGCCUCCACGUGCCAACACCUCCAAUGUUUUGACGCUGACUACUACCUCAAGAUGAAUGAGAAGAAGCCUACCUGGAGGUGCCCCAUCUGCUCAGAAGUGAUUGAGUGUAAGAACCUCCAGAUAGACAUGCACUUCAAAAACAUUCUUGAGCAGAACAUAUCCACCAACAAAAUAUUGCUGCAAGUUGAUGGAAGCUGUGUGCCCUUCCAACCCAAAAGUAUGAAUCAGAGCAUCCUGACCCUGGAUGACACUCUGGACCAGUUCUCCAACUGGGAGCAGGAGCCAGACUCCACCACUGGCUUGGAGUCUCCCGCUACCAUGAAGGAGGAGUCGGCCUCCGCUGGUGGUGGGGAGGCUCACCACAUCACCAUUGAUCUGCUCAGUGAGGACGAGUCAAUGCUGGAAGAAGAGUUGGCAUGUUCGACAACAGCCAGUCAAGACAUCCAGGAGAUGCAAGUCCUGGAGGUUGUGACCCUGAGUGAUGAUGAGGCGCCCGGCAGACAGCCAUGCCAGGCAUCGCUGCCAGGCCCCCUCCAGGAAGUGUCUGCUGGCCAGGAAGAUGCCACCACUCCAACACAAAGACAGAAGAGAAAAGCCAGGAAGAGGACUCGUAAGACCACCACCACUGCCGCCACCACCACCACCAACACCACCAGUGACAGCCCUCACAUUGGUAAUAUUGGAGAUGACUUCAUACCACUGUGCACACCUUAUCUACAUCUCCUAUCAGCCUGGGACACGGAUGGUGUUGAGGAGUCACGUGCUGCCCAAAAAACGCAAAUACUGUACAUAGAUUUGGUAUGAGAUGUUUGAAAGUAAGGAUGUAUGACAUUGGUGUAUACACUCAACCCUCGAUUUGCCGGACUAAAAGGGGGGAAGGCUUGUCCGGGAAUGGCAAAUGUCCAGCAAUGGAAAAUGUCCGGGGGUCUACCCCCUUGCCGGACUUUACCCUAUACAGGUUGA